CCUUCCCAGUCCUCGGACUGUCUCCUUCCAGGCCCCUGCAGCCUGGUCACCGCUCCCAGACCCUCUCAGGGUCCCCCACCCUGGACCUCAGCCAUGAAGCCCCAUCCCGGGUCAGAGGAGGCCCCGCGAGCAGCUUCAGACAUCCGCGUGUUCGCCAGCAGCUGCACGAUGCACGGGCUGGGCCGCGUCUUCGGCCCCGGGGGCCUGACGCCACGCCGAGGGCUGUGGGCCACAGCCCUGCUCCUGUCCCUGGCCGCCUUCCUCUACCAGGUGGCCGAGAGGGCACGCUACUACGGGGAGUUCCACCACGAGACAGCCCUGGACGAGCGCGAGAGCCACCGGCUCACCUUCCCCGCCGUCACCCUGUGCAACAUCAACCCGCUGCGCCGCUCGCGCCUCACGCCCAACGACCUGCACUGGGCCGGGCCCGCGCUGCUGGGCGUGGAGCCCCCUGAGCACGCCGCCUUCCUGCGCGCCCUGGGCCUGCCCCCCGCGCCGCCCGGCUUCAUGCCCAGUCCCACCUUCGACAUGGCUCGACUGUAUGCCAGGGCCGGACACACCCUGGAGGACAUGCUGCUGGGCUGCCGCUACCGGGGCUGGCCGUGCGGGCCCGAGAACUUCACCGCGAUCUUCACCCGGAUGGGUCAGUGCUACACCUUUAACUCGGGCGCAGAUGGGGCAGAGCUUCUCACCACUCCCAAGGGCGGCAUGGGCAACGGGCUGGAGAUCAUGCUGGACGUGCAGCAGGAUGAGUAUCUGCCCGUGUGGAGGGACAUGGAGAAGACCCCAUUUGAGGUGGGGGUCCGAGUGCAGAUCCACAGCCAGGAGGAGCCGCCCACCAUUGACCAGCUGGGCUUCGGGGCGGCCCCCGGCUACCAGACCUUCGUGUCCUGCCAGCAGCAGCAACUGAGCUUCCUGCCACCACCCUGGGGUGACUGCAGCUCCGCAUCUCUGGACCCCGACUUUGAGCCGGAACCUUCUGGUCCCCUGGGUCCUCCCAGCCCCAGCCCGGGCCCCCAACCCCCCUAUAGUCUGAUGGGGUGCCGCCUGGCCUGUGAGGCCCGCUAUGUGGCUCGGAAGUGCGGGUGCCGAAUGAUGCAUAUGCCAGGCGGGGCGCCGGUGUGCAGCCCCCAGCAAUUCAAGGACUGCGCGCACCCGGCGCUGGACGCCAUGCUGCGGAAGGACGCGUGCACCUGCCCCAACCCCUGCGCCAGCACGCGCUACGCCAAGGAGCUCUCCAUGGUGCGGAUCCCGAGCCGCGCCUCCGCCCGCUACCUGGCCCGGAAACACAACCGCAGCGAGGCCUACAUCGCAGAGAACGUGCUGGUGCUGGACAUCUUCUUUGAGGCCCUCAACUAUGAGACCGUGGAGCAGAAGAAGGCCUAUGAAGUGUCAGAACUGCUUGGCGACAUUGGGGGCCAGAUGGGGCUGUUCAUCGGGGCCAGCCUGCUCACCAUCCUUGAGAUCCUGGACUACCUCUGCGAGGUGUUUCGAGACAGGGUCCUGGGAUACUUCUGGAACCGAAAGCACUCCCAAAGGCACUCUAGCACCAAUCUGCUUCAGGAAGGGCUGGGCAGCCAUGGAACCCAAGUUCCCCACCUCAGCCUGGGCCCCAGGGCCCCCACCCCUCCCUGUGCCGUCACCAAGACCCUGUCUGCCUCCCACCGCACCUGCUACCUCGUCACACGGCUCUAGACCCGGCUUCUGUGUCUUCCGGGCUGCGCCUUGACAUCCUGGACGGGCCCCGCCUGCACAGGUCUCUGCC